GGCCCGCCCCCUCACCCAGCCCCUCCGGCGAGGAGCUGUCGCGGGGCUCUGUUGCUCGCCCGCCGUCCGCGGAGAGGUUUCGGCCGCUUCCCAGACCUCCCAGCGGGUCCCCCCCCCGCCCCCGCCCCCGCCGCCCCCCCCAGACAUUAGACGCGGAGAACCAGCGAGCCGUUUGCAGGAUCGGGGCGCGGGGGGCGUCUUGCUUUGUGCUUGGAAAGGUGGGGGGGGGGAGAGAAGGGCAGCGCGACCCCCAUGCGGGCGCCCGGGAAGCCUCGCUGGACGACCCCCCGCCCCCCCGCCCCUCCUGCCCCGCCCCCCAGGUCGGAGGGCUCCGCCGGUGCUGCCACGACCCCGGGCGCGAGGGUGGGGGCUGGGCAGCGAGAAGCCCCCUCCUGCUGAUGCCCCCCGCCCCGGGACACCGAGAGGCGAAGAGCAGGGGCCAGAAGGGCGAGUGCCAGAGACCCCUUCACCAUGCCAGAGGGAGCCGGCCAGGGCAGCACCAAGAAAGGAGGCAAGGCAGGACCCCGACCCUCGUCCGUCUCUUCGCUGGGUGGCAUUGACUCCAACAUGGCGACGGACCCCAUUUUGGGGAGCUGCAACCUCUGGUGAGCUGCCGGUUCUGCUUCAGACAGCGACCGUCCUGUCGGCCUCAGCUCCUCGUGCCGCUUCCACCGGCUUCUCUGCAAGACAUGCCGCAGGAGCACCUUGUAGCAGCAGCAGCCCCGGUGGAGGCUUGGGGGCUGCCCACCUCUGCACUCCACACAAUACCAGAAUGGCAGCGACAUCAGCCUGGACCUCACCCCGCUGACCCUGCUGGACAGUGCAUUGGGAGAGGCCCGGCAGGGUUCCAAGCCCUGCAGCUGGAGCAAAGAACGACGGGCGACGCUCUCUCACCUGGACCGGGUGGUGCUGGAGAUCGUGGAAACGGAGCAGGCCUACGUCAUGGCGUGGACUACUCAGAGCAUUGUGGAGGAUUACCUGGGAUGCAUUAUAGACUGCGGACAGCUGCCACUCAAGCCUGAACAGGUGAAUGCUCUAUUCUGCAACAUCGAGGACAUUUACGAAUUCAACAGUGAGCUGCUGGAAGAUUUGGAAAGAAACGCCAGCGCUUGUGCGAUUGCAGAAUGCUUUGUUCAAAGAAGUGAAGAAUUUGAUAUCUACACCUUGUACUGCAUGAACUACCCUAACUGUGUCUCUGUGCUGCGGGAGUGCAUGGAGAAUGACUUGCUGGUCAGGUUCUUCCGCGAGAGGCAAGCCACGCUCUCCCAUUCGCUGCCGCUGGAGACCUACUUGCUGAAGCCGGUCCAGAGGAUCCUCAAGUAUCAUCUCCUUCUGCAGGAGCUGGCAAAACACUACGAGAAGAGCAGCCCUGGUUACGAGGCCGUGGAAGAGGCCAGCAUCACCAUGACCGCCGUGGCUUGGUACAUCAAUGACAUGAAACGCAAGCAGGAGCACGCCACCCGGCUGAAGGAGAUCCAGCAGCUGCUGGUGGGCUGGACGGGCCCAGAGCUUGGGGCCUUCGGGGAGCUGGUGCUGGAAGGGCAGUUCCGGGUGCCGCGAGCCCGCAAGGAGCGCGUCUUCUUCCUGCUCAGCAAGGUGAUCCUGAUUGCAAAGCGGCGCGGAGAAGCCUUCGUCUACAAAAGCCACAUCUUUUGCUGCAACCUGGCUUUGCAGGAGAACAUGAAGGACCCACUGAGCUUCCGGAUCUCUGACCUCUCCAUCCCCAAACAACAACACCUGGUUCAGGUGAAAAACCAAGAAGAGAAGCGCCUGUGGAUCCAUUACCUGCGGCGGCUAAUAGAGGAGAACCACCCGGCAUCCAUUCCUCAGAAGGCGAAACAAGUCCUGCUGGAGAACAGCUUCCAGAACUCCCCAGAUGUCUUCACAGAGUCCCCAAAGAAGCCAAUGCCUUCCCCUCGGCUGGACGACUCCAAGGGUUGGACCCGUGGCAGGCGGCAGUCAGAGCCUCCCCACACAUGGCAUAGUCUCCUCGAGGGCCUCAAGCGAAGCCGCCCCCGGCCCUGCUCAACUCGAGUUACUGUCUCUGGACUUGGCCUAUUGAUGGCGGGUGGGGAUGACUACGUUUCUCAGGAGAAGAAACCUUGCUCUCUGGAGAAGGAGAAGAAACCCCUUCCUGGCUCACUGUCCUCCACACAGCAUCCCCAACGGAAUGUGCGAGCAAGAAACAUACAACUGGUUGUGCAUGGAGACAGCGAUGGAGAACUCUUCCCAGCCUCCCAGCCCCUCCACCUUUCCGGCAGCUCCUACGCUCCGGCUCCCAGCAUGGCGCAGGCUGAGCUGGGAGAUUCUGACCUGGAGGAAGGAGAGGGGGAGUUUUCUCUGCCCAAAGAGCCCGUCCCUGCCAACCUGUCCAUCACUGAAGAGAUCCUGGAGCUGCUGAGUCAGUGCAGCCUGGACAAGGGAAAAGGGACUAUUUUGGGACAGUUGAACCUGGAGAUGACCAGCGUGGGUGCACAGGAUCAACCCCUACAAAACUAUGCCCCGGGAGAACUGGAGGAGGAGAAAGUGGAGCUGCGCUUUCAGGAGGACACGCCCUUUGAGCCCCCUCAAGGAUUUUCCCAAAGCAGCUCCCCCCAGGAACGGACCCCCCUGUUGCGUGGCCUCUCUUUUGCCAGUGACUCCUCGGAAGGAGAAGAGCAGCCACAGGAAGAGGCGAGCGUCCCGUCUCCUCUUCACGUCUUGGAGGAGUUGGCCUCGGAUGAAGUCUGCAGCAAGGCAGAAGAUGCCGGUGGUCUCGUCGACUCGGAGAGGGAGGCAGCCGACAAGGAGAGCCCACCGCGGGGGGAUGGAGACUGGGCCGAGCAGCCAGCCCCAGGGCCCCAAGGCUCAAUGGCUGGCUUGGAUAAAGCGGAGAAGGGGUCCAAGUGGGCCUCAUCGUUCAGCAACGAUGACUGCCUGCUGAUAGAGAAGAUAAAGGGUUAUUAUGAGGGAACGGAGGCUCCGGCCAAGGGGCCCGGGCUGAGCAAGAAGGAGUAUGCCCCCUCGGUGCCCAUCGGUGUGGUGCGGGAGUCCAUUCUUCGGUUCAAUAGCAUCUUACGGCAAAAUGACGCCCAAGAUGGGGCAGUGGGCGGAGCCAAGUCCAGGAAGCUGCGGCCGCCUCCCAGCAUCUCCCGCCACAAUCAUCCCUGCAGAAGCCGGAGCCAGUCGGGUCGUGCCGAAUCGCCCUCCUGCCACGAGGCUUCCAAGGAAGGGUGGCCUGUGUUGGCCCCAAGCCGGGAACACUCCAAGAGGGGGAGGAGCCAGUCCGAUGGCGCCCAAUCUCCAGAGAGAUUGGAGCUUCCCUGUGGUGGAGAAGCCCAGUGGUUGCACCCCAGCUGUCCGGCUUCUGAGAAGGGGCAGAGCUCAUUUGUGGGCAUCCAGUCGAAUAACACACAAAGUGACGCUGACCAAGAAAGGGGCUGUCAGAGGUCUGAAAGGGAAUGUUGCCUCGACAGAACAAUGGAACCUGCAGAAUCUGAGUUCAAAUCCUGCGCGGAGAUCCGAAAAGCCUGGCAGGAGAAGGAGCGGACUGUCCUGGACACCCCAAAGAAAGGGGUCAAAACAGGCAGGAGGGAGCCGUGUUGCACCCCAGAGACCGCAGGGUACGCAGAGCCUCUGUGCAUUGUAGAGGAUUCAGACCUGGAGGAUUCCCCAUCUGUUCCAAACAGCAAUAUAGAGCACAGACCACAAAGCCACAUGGCAGGGAGGAGGCCACUGACUGCAGUGGCCAAUGGAUAUUCCAGCUACCUCCCCUCGCUGGACCUGUGCGAGAACGGAGGCCCGUGCCUCCUAGAGAACUCGGAGCGGAUCAUCAGUAAAGUCCACGCCUUGGCUAAGAUGUACAGCGAGAAGAUUAACCGGCUGAAAGUGCCCAAGAGGGGGCUGGAGAGGCCGAGAGAGCAGCCCGGGGCUUCCUCGAGGAGGGCUGCUGGCAGGAGCUUGGUCGGGAUUCAGGCCAGGAGGAUGGCAGCCAGCAUCCCCCACUGCGAGCCACGAAUCUAUGGCCACGUCCUCAUCCACGAGUCUCUCCAGCACAUGAUUGGUGUCCAGGAGAACAUCCCUCUCGUGGCUGCCACCCGGGGGACCGCUCUUGACCUGCACAGUGAGAAGCCCCACCCACGCCUUUCUCCGGCUCUCCUGGGGCCACUGUGGCAGGCCUCGCAGGGCCCCGAUUCCCAGAACCGGUGCAUUGUGUCAAAUGCUUUGCUGCACUUUGGCAGCGACGAGAUUCCUCCUGCUGCUGCUGCUGCUGCCGAAGACAGAGGAUGCCCAGCAGCACGGUCUUCUUCUCCUGCAUGCAGCGUGGAAUCUGGGAUCCCAGCAGACCCCAACAAGGAGGACCGUGAUGUGGGGGGGCCUCCUGCGCGCCCCAGAUCCUUGGACGAGGCAGCCCUUGUGGGCGCAAAUGCAGAGGACUCGGAAGGGAUCUCCAAGCCAGGCAGGGAGAGGAAGGGGGCCAAACAUCCCUUUGGGGCUCCUGAGAUCCAGCCCGGGGAAACUGCAAAGGCCAGCCAUGCCCUGGAGUCCCAGCAGAGCCGCAGUGCCUUAAAGGCAGAAGAUCUGGCCGUCUCCUCUGGCCCCACAGAGGAACUGAAGCCCACGCCAAGUCUGGAUCUCCUCAGUCUCACUUCACCCGCAGGGAGAGACAGGUCGCCUCUCUGCUGGAGCAGUUGCUUCCGAGGCAAGGGCCGUCCCCAAAAUCCUUUUUUGGAGCAGUGGAAAGGGCACCCAGCGCUUCCCUGGAGAUGGCUGAGCACAAAGAAACAGACGGACAGAUGUUGGGCCCGGGUGACAAAGGGGCCAAAGCCCUGCCAGGACACUGCACCCAGGAAACCCCAAGCCCCUCCCCUCUCCCCCAGGCUUCGAGAGCCACAGUUCCCCUCCCGCUUCCCUCCCCUGAAAGCGCAGAGGCAGCGUUGCUCAGUAGCGUCUCAGUCCUGUCACCUGCCAGACUGGCAGCCCCCAUCCAGGAGCCCCCUCCCCCAACGCACGGCUUCCCCCAGGGUGGUAGAGCCCCCAGUCUCCGCCGCAGAGCAGCGUCCGCCCAUCACGCCUCUCCCAACGCUGCUCCCCUCUUCCCCGGUCCGCCGGUGCCUUUCUUCCAGCGCCGCUGCCAUCUCCCGGUACCUCGCCGCUUCCUGCAUCAGUCAGAGCCUGGCUAGGAAAAACGGCGCCCCUCAGGCUGAGGAGCUGCAGGCUCCUUGUAGGCCUCUCCCGGCCAGCCAGGCCCUUCCAAGAUACGCAACAGAUCCUCUGGCUCUGCUCCCCAAAGGGGCACCCAAAGCCCCCAGCAACUUGGCAGGCCCGGUCUUCACGGGACACUUCUCAGGUCGGGUGCACCCCCCGCUGCUUCGGUGCGCGUCCUCCGUCGCCCGCUCGCCAGCGGGCCUGGUCAGUGGCAGGCCAGGCCCCCGAGCAGUGCCCUCGGUUCUCUUCUGCUUCAGAGCCCAACUCCCGGGUCCAGUCGCCCUCCCACUGCUGGGGUUUGGGGCUGGGUCUUGCUCCCCGCCCCAGCUUUGCGCAGGCCCCCCCAGGAGUGCAUCGCUCACCUCCCUCCCUCUCUGUGCCCACCCCCCUGGGCAGCUGCCUUCCCACGUUGCCUCCCCGGUGCCACAGACCCCGAGCCCUGCUCCAUGGCCAACUGACUGGCCACAGUGUGGCGGUGGGAGGCCUCAAGGGAACAGCCUACCCAGCAGCGGGCUGAUCGAGAGAGCGGCUGCCAACGGGGACCGGGCCUUGCCGUGGUGUGCCGUGGGGCCGACCUGCCACAGCCCUGGCCCGACGCCUGGGGCUCAUCUCAGCUCUCAUGAAUUCGGCAGCAUCAAGUGGCCAAAUGUGCCGGGUCUGUGUUCGAAGUACGGGAGCACCGAAUGCAGGCCGAGCUCUCAUGAGAAGGAACCCGAGGGGGGUGGUUGUCUCAAAUUGGACCCCCCUACGACCACGGAAGUGGCUCAGUGUGCAGAGAAGAGCCACCAAAAGGCCAGCUAUUCCACGACGGUCAACAUCCAGAUUGGUGGCAGUGGUAGGAUAGCCUCCUUCAGCAAUGCCCAGGUCAGUUUGACCCACCCGCUUCUGGCCACCCCGGAGCAGCCAAGCGUCAGGAAGGUCAACGUAAAUGCCUUGGAGGCUCCGCAGAAAACAUGAGUUUGAGGCUGCCGUGGCUCAAGGCAGCGUUUGGAUGUUCUAGGACCAAACUUACCACUGUGCUCCAAGAAGGCUGGGAGUGAGCAGGGGUGGGAGAGAUCGCGGGAGGUGAAGCGCGCAAGGCCAACUGGGUUGGUACUUGGCCAGCGAGCCCUGUCAAUGAGGAUACAGCAAAGAGAGAGGGGCCGAGAACUUGUUGCCACGGGAAAGACCGUUUCUUCUUUUGGUCCCACUAAAACACAGCCUCGUUCUGCCUUGUUUGCAAUUGAGAGUGACUUAGUAGUAGGGGUUGCCAGCCUCCAGGUCAGGCCUGAAGAUCGACCAGCAUCACAGCAGAGCUCCAGACGACAGAGAGCCAUUCCUCCAGAGAACAUGGCUACAUUGGAGGGUGGGCUGCUGAGGUCUCUCCCCUCCCCAACACCAGCCCCACACCCACAAUCUCCAGGUAUUUCCCUAGCUGUAGCUGGCAACCCUACUUACACCCAGGCACUCCUACUUGCAGGGGAUCUUGGCUUGUUGGGGGUGGGGGUGCAGGGCCCGGGGGUGGGCUGCUAAGAGAAGCAAGUGAACAAUCAGGAAUUUUUUUUGAAAAAAAAUUAUCCCAGUGUUCAGGUUUUCUUGAGAGAGAAUCACAGAAACUAAAGGCAUCUUUUUAAAAAGGUAUAUAUCUGUUUUAAAAUGUACAGCUUCAGGGGGAGCUAUAGAGUUAUAGCAGAAGAACAGGCAAGCCCCAAAAUCCAGGAAAAAAAGGAAUUUCUCUAGCCAGGUGUCAGUACGUGGUUGUCUGUUCUUCUUCGUGCCAAAUGUUCAGGAAGAGCGUUUCUUGGACCCUCUUCCUGAACAUUUGGCAUGAAGAAGAAGAGCCAACCGUGUACCAACACCUUCAUUUACUUGGCUGAAAAGUGGUAUUGAAAUAUGAUAAAUUGGUCUUCUCUGUGGGUCAAAUCCCAGCUCUAAAUCCAGGUAUAGUUUAUCUCACCCCCUUUAUUUAUGCUGCCCACCCCCCUUGAAAUAAACCUCCCUUUUUUAAUGGCCCUACCGGCAAUUCUGAGGCCGAGCACAACCUUUUGGCUGGACUGGUGUUUAUAAUUUCUCUCUCUCUCACCCGCAGGUGUGCUGUUGGGAGCUGUUAAUGCUCUCAGAGAAGCAUAAUAAAAGCCAUUAAGAAUCUGUGGAAA